ACUGACCUCUCAGCCAAUCAUUGGCGAGUGUUGGUCUAAGUGGGCGGUGCCGGCUGACCCCUUUCACAGGGAAGCUGAAGCGGGUUCUGGAGGAAGCUGCUGAACCAGAGUGUCUCCAUCAUCCAUCCUCUUCUUGGACCAGCCAUGAUCCACAGCCUCUUCCUGAUUAACUCAUCCGGGGACAUCUUCCUGGAGAAGCACUGGAAAAGUGUGGUCAGUCGCUCAGUCUGUGACUACUUCUUUGAGGCCCAAGAGCGAGCUUCGGAGGCAGAAAAUGUGCCCCCAGUGAUCCCCACCCCUCACCACUACCUCUUGAGUGUUUAUCGGCACAAGAUCUUCUUUGUGGCUGUGAUCCAGACAGAGGUUCCUCCACUCUUUGUCAUUGAAUUCCUUCAUCGGGUUGUGGACACUUUUCAGGAUUAUUUUGGAGUCUGCUCUGAAGUAGUCAUCAAGGACAAUGUGGUGGUGGUCUAUGAGGUACUAGAAGAAAUGCUGGACAAUGGAUUUCCACUGGCUACCGAGUCCAACAUCCUGAAGGAGCUGAUCAAGCCUCCCACCAUCUUGAGAACAGUUGUCAACACAAUUACAGGAAGCACCAAUGUAGGAGAACAACUCCCCACUGGACAGCUGUCUGUGGUGCCCUGGCGACGGACUGGCGUGAAAUACACCAACAACGAGGCCUAUUUUGAUGUGAUUGAGGAGAUAGAUGCCAUCAUUGACAAAUCAGGUUCCACAAUUACGGCUGAAAUUCAAGGGGUGAUCGAUGCCUGUGUGAAACUGACUGGGAUGCCAGAUCUUACUCUCUCUUUUAUGAAUCCCAGGUUGCUGGAUGAUGUCAGCUUCCACCCUUGUGUGCGUUUCAAGCGCUGGGAAUCGGAACGAAUCCUCUCUUUCAUCCCUCCAGAUGGGAACUUCCGCCUGCUUUCCUAUCAUGUCAGUGCUCAGAACCUGGUGGCCAUCCCUGUUUAUGUGAAGCACAACAUCAGUUUCCGAGACAGCAGCUCAUUGGGCCGCUUCGAGAUCACAGUGGGUCCCAAACAGACGAUGGGGAAGACUGUGGAGGGCGUGACAGUUGCCAGCCAGAUGCCCAAAGGUGUCCUCAACAUGACCCUUACACCUUCUCAGGGAACACACACCUUUGAUCCUGUUACAAAGUUGCUGUCCUGGGAUGUGGGCAAGAUCAACCCCCAAAAGUUGCCAAGUUUGAAGGGGACGAUGAGUCUCCAGGCGGGAGCCUCUAAGCCUGACGAGAACCCCACUAUCAAUCUUCACUUCAAAAUCCAACAGCUGGCUAUUUCUGGGUUGAAAGUGAAUCGCCUGGACAUGUAUGGAGAGAAAUAUAAACCUUUCAAGGGGAUCAAGUACAUGACCAAGGCUGGGAAGUUCCAAGUCCGGACCUAGACGCUCCUGUGACCAAGAGAAGAUUUGAGUUAUGCCCUCACUUCCUGCUCUGCCUCUGCUCCCAUCUCCCCCUGGGGUUGCUCCUUUUUGUGGCCUCUGUGGAUCUUUUCUCCAACCUGGGCAAAUGUGGCAUCUCCAACUCAAUUCAGUUUCAAAGCUCUUGGGCGGGAGAGGAGAACACACGAAGGGAAACUGGGACGUUGGUCAAGGUUCAAUAGCUAAUUUUACCCCUUUGGUAGAAUUCCUUCUCCCUUUGUGGCUGGCAUUUGGUUGUUUUCCUUCACAGUCCUGAGGGGAUGGGAGAAGGAGAUGCUGCCGUGACAGUAUGAUGAAGGAAGCUGAGUGAACUCCCCCUCCUUCAGUGUUCUUCCCCUGGUACACAGGACUCUCUUGUUUUUUCCAAAGACUGGAAGAGAGUUGCUGCUUCAAUCCAGCCAAGAGUCUGCUGUGAAAGUCAGAAAAGGGGUGUUGGCCUCAUACCCAUAUUCAGUCAGUUCCUGACCUUAGUUAAAUGUUUUGGUUGGGGGAGUGGCUGGAAACAGGUUUUUCAGGGAGCUGAAAGAAGCAUCUUGGCCUGUAUUGAGAGAGCACAUCCCACUGCUGUCUCUGGAAAACAAGGUCUGUGGUAGUACUUUGGAAACCCGCUUAACUGGAGACAACCGUGGGGCAAAAGAGACUGUCUAGACUACUGGCAGUGCACCGUCUCUCAUAGCAUCUUCAGCUCUCUUUAAAAAUGAUUGCCUGAUGGAGAGGGAAACAAGAUGUGUACAGUGCGUAUUUAUUGUGAUGUCUGGCUAAGAAAACAGGGUGUGUGUGUGUGUGUGUUUGUGUGUGUGCAUGCACGCUCGUGCUCUUCAGCUGCUGCAGCACAGCUUCUUCUGCAUGAGAGUAUGUGUUAUGUACUUCCCUCUUUCCUUCCUCUGUCUCUCUUCACGCAUUGCUUCAAUAUGAAUAGGUUAUAGCUUUGUGCUGGUGCCUUCUGCUCUAAACCUGUUCCAAUUUUACACACUUGAUUUUGUUUUGUUUCUUAGUGUGGUAACACUGAGUUGACACUUGUGGCACACUGGCCUGUCUUCUGAAUGCACCAAUGAGGUUGUCAGACUUUGAAAAUGUGGUUUGGAGCUGCGACCCUGGAAGUAAUGACCAGUGGCUGUACCAAAACAAUCUUUGCUCAAAUUGGAGGACAUUUAACCAUUUGGUGUUUUUUUUAAAAAAAAUAAGUGAUGUGAAUCCAGUCCCCCUGGUAAGGUAUGGUGGGUGAACAAUUGCUAAUAAGGCAAACACAUUCAGGUGACCUCUUCCCACUCAGGGUGUAUUUAUACAUUAAGUCCCCAUGGCAGACACUUGGCUGCUGCUAGACAUGGAUCAGGGACCCAUCUGGAGUUCUGUGCUGGGAAUUUAAUUCCCAGGUGCACAUAGGCCUAAUUUGAGUUGAGGCUACAGGGAGAGGUGGUUUAAGCCUUCUGGCUUGCUGUUUUUCUUGACCUGAAAUGGCCUAAGGAAGCUGCUGUUUGUCGUACUGGGGAUGUACACAUAUACCAGUGGUGGUUACGCAUGAAGUUUCCCACCAGAGCAAAUAGCAGCUUCCAGAGGUAUUUUAUAUUGGAGGAAAUGGUGCAGGGAGAAGGCAUGAGCCCCUUCUCCCUGUGGUCCCAGUCCAAAUCAGAUCCCACACAUCUGGGAAUUUAGACCCCAGCAUGAAACUCCCAGGUACACUUCUGUUUACUGGUGGCUGCCACAUGGAUUCUGUAAUGCGUGAAUCAGCCUCUGAUUCCGACUGCUGGACAAAUGCAUGAGAGACUAAUACAAUGAAAUGCAUCUCUGGGUGGUGGUGGAGUCUCUCUAGAAGUAGGACCCCACUGCCUUCACCCUGUUCUGUGGCCAGUGAUUGUUCAGUAGCAAAGCAAGGUUUUAUUUUUAUUGUAUCGAAUUUAUACCCUGCCUUCCUCACGAACACUUGUUAGAAGUAAGGCCUCUUAAAUUCAGUGAUGCUGUCUUUUUGGUAAAUAUUCCAGAGGCUGUAAGAAUUAAAACAGAACAUAUUUGUGGCUUCAGUCUGAGCCCACCUUUACAACAUGCACACGUGUCUUCAAAGUCAGUCACUGGAUCCAGUCUCUGUUGUAGCAUUUCCUUUGUGCUUCAGAGAGGUGGUCUGCAUUUAUACAUGGUUGUGCAUCACAGGCCUUCAACCUCCACAAAAUUGUGAAAACUGCUGAGGAGGGAGUGCAAGGUGAUACAUUAGACAAAGCACAGGAGCUGACUAGUAGCCACCCACUGCAUCUGGUUUGCCCCAUUUCCAGCAGCGUUCAGAACCUUUUCCCAGAACUUGCUGCAGGUAUGAAAAAUCAUACAUUUCUUUUCAGGACAGCAAAAUUGAAUUCCAGUCCACCUUUACCGCCCCCUCCCACUGAAAACACCACCCAUCUUCACCCUGCCUGAUGGUGCUUCUUAACCUUAUUUUGUCAUUUGGUAAAACAGCUUUGACUCAAGAAUAUGCAGGCUGUGGUCAGGAAAGAUGAUGCAUUGAAGAUGUCGAUGAGAUGGCAGCAUGGCUUGGAUAGUGUAUGUAUGUGCAUGGAGAUGACAGACAUUGUGUCUAAUAGGAAAUAAAUAAAAAUGCUUUUA